GAGGAAUUCAAUUGAUUUAACGGCACUACUGCACGAUCAGCUGAUUAUGUCCACUUAUUUAUUGGAGUAGUUCAUCGAGAUUAAGAAUAUUUUCAAAAAGGUGUUUCUUUUUGUAAAUGAUGUUUUGCUUAAAAGAAUCAGUUCUAUUAUUACUUGCAAUUGUAUUCAAAUAUACAACAGGCCUAAGAAAUCACUCUAGUGACCAUGGAUUUCCUCUACAGUCUUCUUCCCUAACAAGGAGUCCAACCCGAGCAACGUAUCCAACCACUACUUGUACAUGUCCCAGUCCCAUUCCAUGUCCAUCCCCUACAGUGUGUCCAGUCACUAAAUGUCCCACUGUUACGUGGUAUCCAGUGAUUACACCGUGUCCAUCACCAAAGCCCUGCCCAGCUGUAACAGCGGCGAACCCAUCAACAUCAGUAUGCCGUUGUCCAGCUAAUACGUUAGCAGAUUGCACUAAAUGUACAACAUUAACAACACAAACCAUAACGUGUCCUGAAUGUCCAGGAAUAAAGGCGAAGAACAUCAUAUUAUCUUUAGAGGAUCAAGCUGUCUCUCCAGGAUCAUUCAUUGGUGCAGCUUUGGGAGGAGCGGUUCUGGGAUCCUCCUUUACUGUGAUCGCUUUUGUUUGUAUCCGUCGUCGUUGUAAGACUCGUCAUAACUCCAGAAAAGACAACCAAAUGUCAAAGAAUGUGAAGAACACUAUCAUUCAAUACUCUAAAGGAAAUAAACAUUUGAAAUGUAAUGAGUCCGCAGUUAUAAACUUAAAUUCGGCAUACAGCGAAAUACAAGACGAACUGAGGGAACCUGCUAAAACUCUUCCAAUUAGACAAGAGGAAGAUGUGUCAAAUAAAGAGGACGUAUACAACCAUUUACAUGAAUCAGACAAAGAGGAUAGGAGUGAUUACUACGAUCAUGCAGGACCGGCGCCAUCUUUGUCUGUCAUGGAGGGCGGGUAUGGAGUACUGUUAGCAGUAAACAAAGGGAGUUGUGAACUAGACUAUAAAACAAUGGACGGGGAAACUUGCAUCGAUAUUCGGGGGUCAAUGAUUACGGAUAAUACAAAGAACAAUCAAUAUUUCAUUAUAGAACCUCAAAAAGACCAGAACUUAGAACGCUUUUAG